AUGACUGGGCAAUCGAAGCCUGCCAUUUCGCCUUGGGGGGGCGCCGUCGCCGGUGCAACCGGUGCUGUCCUUGCCAAUGCCCUCGUCUAUCCUCUCGACAUUGUCAAGACAAAGCUUCAGGUUCAAGAACCGCCGAAGGCGGGUGCGCCCAGGAGCGUCAGCGAUGCGCCGCAUUACACCUCGACCUGGGAUGCCAUUUCCAGAAUUCUCAAGGACGAAGGUAUCGAGGGUCUCUACACCGGCAUGAGCGGAGCUUUACUCGGCGUCGCCUCAACCAACUUUGCCUAUUUUUAUUGGUACACAAUUGUUCGCUCGGUAUACACCAACUACACCAAGAGCAUCGCCGCCAACUCGACUGCCACUGAGCUGGCCCUUGGUGCCUUUGCUGGUGCUCUGGCCCAGCUCUUCACAAUCCCUGUCGCCGUUGUAACGACUAGACAACAGACUGCCAGCAAAGCCGAUCGUCGGGGGCUACUUGCCACCGCCAAGGAGGUUAUCGAAGGCCCAGAUGGCGUCAGCGGUCUCUGGCGAGGCCUGAAAGCCAGUUUGGUUUUGGUUGUGAAUCCUGCCAUCACCUAUGGCGCCUACGAGCGUCUCAAGGAGUCCUUCUAUCCCGGCAGAACUAGUCUCAGGCCUUGGGAGGCUUUCAUUCUCGGCGCAACAUCCAAGGCACUGGCAACCAUUGCUACACAGCCCCUUAUUGUCGCCAAGGUCGGUCUCCAGUCUAAGCCGCCCCCGUCGAGAAACGGAAAGCCUUUCGAGAGCUUCGGGGAGGUAAUGGCUUUCAUCGUAAAAAAUGAAGGUCUGAUUGGCCUCUUUAAGGGUAUCGGGCCCCAGAUCACGAAAGGAUUCUUGGUGCAAGGUAUUCUCAUGAUGACCAAAGAAAGGGUUGAGCUGCUGUUCGUCCUCUUCUUCAGAUGGCUUGCGAGCCUUCGCUCUAAACACGUUCCACAGGCUGCUGCGGCGGUUGCUAGCCAGGUAGCGACUAGCGCCAGUUUGCUCGUCACCAAAUAG